ACAUCCGUAUGUAGUUUCUCAUUGAAAUGUUUAAAAGAACUUAUAUUUAGGAGUACAACACAAUUUCCCAGGAAAGGUUACAGGUAUUAUGGUACAAGGAGUAUAAUCUUUCCGGCACUUUUUCCUCUCCGUGCCAACCCGUACACAAGAGACAGAAAAGUGGUUGGUCACAAUGUUUUUCUUUCCCUCUCUGUCACCGUCGCCGUUCCACAGAUGGCAGGAUAUCAGAGGCCGAUCAGGCAUUUCCAUAAACAUUUGCUCCAUAAUUUCCUCCCCUCCGCCCCCAACCUUUCCAUACACGACCCAACCUUCCUAUGCUUCUUUCUCCCUCCCAAAACCUCACACAGAUCCUUCCCUCUCUCCUCCUAUAUAUGCAUUUCUCUCUCCCAUCAAAGCUCCCUCCCCUCCUCCUUCCCCAUCACCAGCAGCUAGCCCUCCUCGCCCCCACCUCCCCCGAGCAGCCGUCCACGGCCGGACCAACACCAAGGCGGGCGGCCGUCGUGCUUGACAGCCUGACAGAGAGCUAGGGGGUCAAGGGAUCGAUCGAGGAGCGAUGGCAAUGGAGCCGCUCCCGCUGGGCUUCGGCGACGCCAUGGACACCACCCUCUUCUCCACCCUCUGGUCCUUCCAGGAGGAGCUGCAGCCGCAGGAGAGCGUGGAGGAGCUGAAGCAGAGCUUGGUGGCGGCGACCAUGGAGCUGGAGGUGUUCAAGGAGGAGGUGCGGAGGAAGGAGCAGAGCAUCGCCAGGCUCGCCGACCUCGUGCGCCAGGUGGCCAAGGAGCGGGACGACGCGCGGGACCAGGUGCAGCAGCUGCUCCUCGCCGCGGCCAAGCAGGCGGCGCCGGCGCCGGUGCACCAGCCGCAGGCGACGGCUGCUGCGGCGGCGCUGGGCGGCACGUCCAGCGUCACCGACUCGGACUGCAGCCUCGUGUCUUCCCCGGUCGACCCCUUCUUCGACCCCGUCACCUCCUCCGACCGUCGCCGCUGCGGCAAGCUCGGCGCCGCCAGCCCGCCCCCGCCGGCCAAGCAGCAGCAGCAGAUGUGCGGCGCCGACGCGGUGCUCGACAUGCUCGCCGCCAAGAGGCCGCUGCCGCCGAGGGGCCGGCUGCUGCAGUCCGUCAUGGAGGCGGGGCCGCUGCUGCAGAACCUGCUCGUGGCCGGGCCGCUCCCGCGCUGGCGCAACCCGCCGCCCGUGCACGCGCUCGACGCGCUCCCCGUCGGCGGCGGUGUCUACGUCGGCGCGACGCCCCUGCACAACGCCGGCGCGGCGCUCGGCUACGCCCCAAACGCCAGCGGCGCCUGCAUGAAGCGGCCGAUGGUCGACACGCUCCCCGCCAUGCCCAUGGUCGCCACGAGCUGCUCGCCGUCGCCGGGCUUCGUCGCCAAGCGGCACCGGAUGCAUUGACCGACCACCCACCGCACACGCCUCGGCGUCAACGAGCGACCACCGACCCGGCGGUUGGCUGCCAUGUCACCCGUCGAUGACACGGCGGUGGCGCUAGUUGCUGACUGCAUUAUAGUAGUGUCAUAGAAGCAGAGUAUAGUAGCAGAGUGAGUUCAUCAGUGCUGAAUCCUGGUGUAAAUAGGAAGGUUAAUCUCACCUUUUUUCCCCACUUCUUCUUGCUUCCAUUUUCUCAAUUUUUCAUAUGGUGCUUGUGAGAGUCUGAUUAGUGAGAGAGAUUGUUCAUAUUUUUGCAUGCAUGCUAGUCAAAUUACCAAUAGUCCUUCUAUUUUUGUGCUGAAAA